AUGUCUGAGAAGUAUUCGAAGGAGCGUAACGUUUCAAAACCGUUGCGUGACAAGAUUACAAAUAUUAAUCAUUCACCAAAUAAGCCAUCAGUAAAUAUGAGAAAGCGGGAAAAAAGUAGAGAGGAGUUUCGAGGUUCUCGUAAGUUAUCCAAGACAAGUCAUAACGAACUGAGAGAAGGCGCUACAAAAUUUCUCGAUGGUGUCAGUGAUUCUGAAAGCGAUCAUAAUAGGAAAAGGAAAAUUGUUGGUGAUGACGCGUUCACUACACCAAGUAAAAGAGUUAAAAAGGUGUGUGAUCCGGGAAAUAAAUCAUUAAAAUUUGAUGACUUCGACCAGCCUCCAGAUUCCACGUCAACACCUGUGCUUUCGAAUAAUGUCACGUUAGAUAGUGAGUUACGAAGGGGUAUCUGUAAUUCCCACAAUGAUAUGUUGCAUCAACAGCAAAGUUAUAUGAUAACUAACCAAAACUCCCAUAUAUGCAGUCAAAUUUAUACAUCAGUUUUGGUCCCUUGUAUUCCAUUUCCAUAUCCCUAUCAAAGUCACCAAAAUGUUGAUGCUGAGUCUCUUUCAAAGUUUUCAACUGGUUCUGAUCCAUUUAAUUUUGCAAAUGAUUCUCCACUAUUGAAUAAAGGCCCAAGAAAACAACCAAAAAUUAUGCCAAUGUUUCAAUUAAAUCAACCAAACUCUCCACCUCAAUUACCCGUAUAUUAUCCAUUUUAUGGUUCACAGCCGAUGCAACGGUAUGCGACCAUCCCUCUAGCAUUGACAAACAAUGCUGGGCAUGCUGAAGAAAUUGCACAACAUGAAAAUACAGAUACCCUUUCCUAUAAAUCCAGUGGAGGUAACGCCACCUAUCAAUAUAGUAAAAAUUCGAAAGAUUGA